GCGCGGCGGCUGAGAGGCCCUGUCAAAUCACUACGGAGGUGACGCGCAGCCCGAGGACUUACAUAAAACUCCUCCGAGGACUUUUCACACUUUUAACGCCUAAAAGUGGCUUUACUCGCCCAUAUUUCGGACGAGGAGGCCUACACGUCGUGGAAAUAAAAAGUUGUGGUAGUUUUGAACUUCUACCGGAGGCUUGUUUCGAUUAAAUACAACAAAAAGUAAUUUUUUUUUCAGCUGAGAGGCACUCGAGACGCGAAGCAGCCGAGGACCGAGAGGAAGGGGGGAUUUCUAAUCGUCUCCUUUUCAGUUUUUUCGGGGGCAUGCGAGUCUUCUGAACACGCCCGGACCUGUUAACGCGCACAUAAAGCCGGGAUAAAGCCACUUGUAGCUCACUUUGUUUCUUCUGAAUUCAACAUGCUGCCGAAUACGGCGCUUUACGCCGCGAAGAAACGGAAGAAGCCCGUCCAGAAAAUGCCCAAACCUCCACCUCCCGAGGGCGCCAAGUCCAACCCGUCCAAACGCCAUCGCGACAGGCUCAACGGCGAGCUGGACAAGCUCACCAGCCUGCUGCCCUUCACAGAGGAGGUGCGGUCCCGGCUGGACAAGCUGUCCGUACUCCGCCUCAGCGUCGGGUACCUGAAGGUCAAGAGCUACUUCAACGCCACCAUGAAGACGGGCCAGAACAAAAACUCCAACAGCUACACCAGCGAGCGGAGCAUCAUGUUUGGAGGAAACAGCCAGAGCUCGGCGCUGCAGCCAUCCUCCGCAGCCUCCACUGCCCCCUCCUUCACGACUUCCACAGUGACCUCCAUCGAUGGGGUGAACUUCUCUGAGGGAGAACUGCUGCUUCAGGCGUUGAGCGGCUUCGUGUUGGUGGUGACAGCUGAAGGCUACGUCUUCUACACGUCCCCCACCAUUCAGGACUUCCUCGGCUUCCAUCAGUCGGACGUCGUCCAUCAGAGCGUGUUUGAGCUGAUCCACACAGACGACCGAGCUUUCUUCAGACAGCAGCUCCACUUCUCUCUCAACCCAAACACAGAGGGCGCCGACGGCCCCAGUGACCAGAGCAACCCUGAGAUCAGCAGUAACAUAGUGAGCUACGACCCGCAUGUCGUCCCUCCAGAGAACUCGUCCUUCCUGGAGAGGAACUUCUGCUGCCGCCUGCGCUGCCUGCUCGACAACUCGUCCGGCUUCCUGGCUUUGAACUUCCGCGGCCGCCUCAAGUUUGUCCACGGUCAGAACCGCGUGUCGGAGGACGGGUCGCUGGUUCCUCCGCAGCUUGCUCUGUUUGCCAUCGCAACACCGAUGCAGCAGCCAUCCAUCCUGGAGAUCCGCACCAAGACACUCAUGUUCCAGACCAAACACAAGAUGGACUUCACACCCAUAGGCGUCGACGCCAGAGCGAAGCUGGUUCUGGGCUACUCCGAGAUAGAGAUCAGUAGGAAAGGCUCGGGCUACAACUUCAUCCAUGCUGCCGACAUGUUGUACUGCGCAGAAAACCAUGUCAGAAUGAUGAAAACCGGAGAGAGUGGCAUAACCAUCUUCAGGCUGCUGACCAAGGCCGGCCGGUGGGUCUGGGUCCAGGCUAAUGCCCGGCUCAUCAUAAAAAACGGGAAACCCGAGUUCAUCGUGGCCCAGCAGAGAGCUUUGACAAAUGAAGAAGGAGAAGAGCAGCUUCGCCUCAGACGGCUGCAGGUGCCAUUUAACUUUGCCACAGGAGAGGCGCUGUUGUAUGAUGUCACCCCCAACAUUGAGCCCCGUGACCCGUGCUCCGCCCCCAAGCAGGGGAAGUUUGACAGUGACGCCAUCAGCCGCGACUCCUUGCUGGGCUGCAUGCUGAAUCAGGACCAUUCGCUGUACUGCGAUCAGAACAGUGCCAACACCCUCAGCAACCUCAACGACAUGGUCUUCAAGGACACCAACGCUACACUCAAUGUCCCCGGAGACACGGAGCCCAGCCCGGCAGUGGGAAACGUAGUGAAAGCGGAAGCCACUGUUCAGGAAAUCAUGGAGUCCCUGCAGCUGAUCUUUGGGGACGGUGAGCUCAUCGAAAGCCUGCACGUUGAGCCCGAUGAGCUCAAGAGCUGGGAGAGCACGCUGUUGCAGAUGAACUGCCACGGUGGGUUCAACGACGACCUCAGCGACAUUCUCAACAACGACAUCCUGUCUUACGUGGAGGAGCAGCUGCAGAAGGAUGUCGAGCUCGACCUGCCGCAACAGACUGACGGCAUCCCAGCCUGCCUCUCUGGUUUGGACCCACUUCAAAACCAGGAACCAGAUCGAGGCGGGGAGCUGAACUUUGACUGGGCUCUCGAGACGCAGACCCAGCUGAUACCCAACGGAGUGCAGAUGACGGCAGUCCAGGGGACGAUGAAACUGAGCCACAUGGACUUUCCUCAGCCCAAUUCUUCUGGGCCCAAUGGACUGACCUUUAACAACGUCCUGCCAAACAGCUUUCCUCAAACACAAAGUCAGCUACAAGCCAGCAGGAUAGACAACAACCUCGGAGCGUUCCCGCUCAGGCAGCCUUCAACCAACCCAGUGCCUCUUCACAUGAUCCCAGCCAACCAAACAUUUGGCCUCCAGGACCAAAACAAAGGACAGUUAAAUAAUGUCUUUACCUUCCAGGGCACCAAGUGCAGCAAAUCAGUGUCACACCAAGCAGACAGCUGUGGAGAAACAUUUGCCUCCAAUAUUUCAAACGAGGCUGUUUUCUCUUCAUCACUCAGCUGCAUGCAGAGCCACUUCCCUGUACAGACGCCAAACGGCAACAGUCAGAGGCAGGCGUGGCCGCAGCAGCAGCAGCUGAUCACAGGUCAGCAGAUGGGCUCUUUCCAGAGGAACCCCACAGACAUCGGCUCUCUCAACAAGCCGAUGUUCACGACUCCAGAGACUUCUAAUCCUCCACUUCCUGUUCAGCAGGUCUUGGAGCGGCUGCCGGCUUCUACAAGCUGUAUGUACAGAAAUGCCGCCCCAGGACUGCCUGUGAACGGCGUGCACCACAGUCAGCCGAGGUUGAACCCGGCCCCCAGUCAGAUUCCCUCCAAUCCCUCCUGCUUUUACCAGGCUGGAGGAAGAGCCGUAUCCGGAAUGGCUUCGAUCCCAAAUUUGGAUGAAGCGUCGCUGUCCUGUCAGAUGUCCGCUGGUCUGAAACCGAACGACCUGCUGGGGCAGCAGAAGCAAUAUCUGAACUUCAGUGAGCAGACGCAGAUGAACAACCGUCCAGUCGUCGGGAACGGAGUUUUCCCCUUCCCUUCGCUGCCCAAUGGGAACAUGUGCUACUCAGAGAACAAAUAGGAAUCAGUCGCUGUGACUUCUGGACGGCAGAGGAUCUCAACUUGGACUGAAAGGAAAAGACUGAAGAACAAGAAAGUGCCAGAAAAUGGACGAGAAGACAAUCAAAGACACCCCUCCCUCCCUUUUUUGGUUUCUUUUCAUUUCUUUCUCUUAUGACGAAACAGUGAUGAAAGCUGUUAGAGUUCAUGUUUGGUUCAGGGUGGCUCAACAGGAUGAAAAAUUAGGAUAAAAGCUUGGAUUCCUCUUUCGGAUGUGGUUGGAUUGUACCAAUGUAAAACAACUGCUUGGUGGGAAUAUUUGGAUUUGUAUGGGAACCAAAAUGAGUCCAGUCUGACUGAGUUGAUCCCUCUGAUGGAAACAAGUUAAAGGGCGCUGCUUUUUAACAGAGGUAGGUGAAGCUGACAUGACCAACCAAUCAGACCUCAGCCACCAAAACCCAGUCAACCAACUCAAAUUGUUUUAAUAUAUUUGAAGUGAGUUUUUAAAACAAAAAAUGCCCCAAAUUUUGAAAACAGGUUUUCCAACAGCUGGCAGAAACUAAGCAAAAAAAGGAAGGAGGCUCCACCUGGUGGUGCUAUCCAGCAACUGCACUUUAAAAGCCAAUUAAUUAAGAGGAAGGUCACUAUAUUAGUAAGGUCAACUAUAUAUUUCGCCACAGAUGAGGACUGGCUGGUUGGGUUAGCUUUGCCUUGUUGUAAUAAAAAGCAGAUGAUUUCCCUUCUCCUUUAUUUUUUAUUCUUUUAAAAAAUCCCCUACUGUGUGGAUGGGACGUUUCUGCGUGGGACAGAUGGACCUGGAAGUUAAAGGAAACAUCACUGAGGCAACCUCCUGUCAAUCCUCUGCCGUCUGCAACGUACACAAUUUCGACACCUUUGCUAAUUUGAACACUCAGAAGGAUAGCAUAUACCAACUUUUUUUUUUUUUUUAAACAUUGCUGUUUUAUGUCCUUUUGAACAGGCGUCCUGAUUCAGUUCAUUUCAAGUCUUUACUGUCCCAGUGAGGGAGAUUUGCUUUGCAGACAGGGUAGAAAAUUAUUGUAGUUUAAAAAGAAAAGAAACGCACAACCAGACAUCAGCAUCAUCCUACUAACAGACCAUAUGUAAGAUUUAAUUCAGUGAAAACAGCUGCUUGUUGAUAUAUUUUAAGAGCUUUGUCACUGAGCCAGUUUUCUUUCCUUCCUUUUCCUUUUGUGUUGUUGCUUUAUUUUUAUUGUACCGGGGAAAAACUUGCAGAUCGUGCCUUAAACUGACAGGAACUUGAAAGGGACAGUCAGUAGAGAUUAAUUAGAAGACCAAAGUUGCCCUUGCCUUAACUCAGUCACGCAGGCCCAGAUAACCUCCAGCCACUAGGGAGAAACGUGCAUUCUCCAAACAAGCGGUGCUCGAGGUUGCAAUCAAUCACAAAACACUUCUAUGUGGUUGUUUAGAUUGUUAGCAGAUUGCUGCGGUCACCCUUUGUUUCCAUGGAUGACACCGACUAGUCUGCAAACAGUCACCAACUUCUCUAUGAAACUGUGAAGAGUGCGACGCGCAUUCCAAUUUUGGUUUUUACAGUUUGACUACCACUAAAAUAGUUUGCAGACAAGUGAGCUUCAACUGCUACAAUCUGCUAGCGACCAACGCACUUGCAAGGAGAUUUUCGGCACAAGUGAUUCACCCAGCAACUGCAAGCAACCAUUGUUUGCCUGUGUGACUGAAGCUUUAGCCAUCAUUAUACUUUUUUUUUUUUGCACUACUCCUUUAAAUCGUUUGACUUGCCAAAGCACAGUGAGAAGUCCAAGACUUACUAUUGCUAGACAAAAAACUGAGAACAAUUUAGACAACUUUAGUACUUAGUUGUUGUUUUUUAAUUAUGUCAUUUAAAGUUUAUUUCAAAAUGUUUUAAUGAUAAAAUCAAACAAAUUAAAAUAAAACUUAAACUGAGUCAAAGUUCAGAUUUUGUUUAAAACUUUUAUUGUUAUUUUUUUUAAUCCAAACAACUAAAUCUUAAAAAAACUGAAGCUGAGGAUGUUUUUCACAACCAGAUUUCUUGUUACCCACAACAAACCUCUAUCCUUUGUGUCUUUUCUGCUUCUUUUACUCAUUUCUUGCUAUCGGAGUAACAUUGAAACACAGAAGUAAAACACUCAGAGGCAGCUAUUGUAUAUUUUAAAUGAGAGAAAAAUGGAAAAAAAGAAUUCACACUUUAGAGUGUCUUUUAAAUUGACCUCUUUUUGACUGCCUGUUUAAAACAGUUUAGGAAACAAAGCAACCCGUUCUGAGCUGUGAAUUUUUGUUCACAUGACUAAACCAGUGGCAUCAAGGUUAUAAACUAGUGCUGUCAGGGUUAAUCUCGUUAAAAUGACGUUAAAGCCAUAACCGCAUUAACGCGGCAAAUCUCCGUUAGCGAGUUAACGCGGAUCGCCCCGCGUUAGCGCGUUAACAUGUUAGCACUGUCCAGCCCCACGCACUACAAUACAUGUAUGGAACCCCACAAAACAACAGUUAGUCAGAGAAUAAGUGAAUAACUACACAUAAUAAUGUUAGGAAAAUCUCUUGAUGUUUCAUGUGUCUGAAAGAAAAAAAAAAAUCUGCUAGUAUAUCAUAAUAUUGGAGUUUUAGAUUACCAAUAUUGGUAUUGGUACCGUUCUUAAAAAUCCUAUAUCGGUCAGGCGCUAGUUAUCUGAAAGUGUUUUUUAGUUUUUUACAGCUUGAUCUAAAGCACCAGAAUUUGACCUCGUGCAGCUCCAAGUUUAUGCCUGUGUAAAUGUCGUUGUGAACUUUUGCAGCAGUUUCACCAAAAACCAUGAAAGCAAAACUAAGUAUCAGCACUCACGGGUGGAGAUGGAGAUUCAGUACAGAAAUAGUUCUUCACAGCACUUCUGCUUCUUCUCCUCCUCUUCUUUUAAUCAGAGCUUUUUUUCACAAAGUAUUCUCUCAGUGGAAAUAUAAAUAUCUCGUGUUGCUUUAUCUACAUUAUACUCACUUUGUACUUUUACUCUACUUUCAUUUUCAGUCCGUCGGAGGCCAAGACUCCAAAUGCAGUAUCUUUGUGUAACUGUAUAUAAAUAUAUAUAUUUGUCCUUUUAUGCUUUUUUUUCCCCAAAGUAUGUAUUGUCAUAUAUUGUGUAUUUUAAUAUUGUAUUGCCUUAACAUGACCCACGCUUAUCAUUUUUUGUACAUUUUCUGCACAGCAUAUAUGUAUGUAACCUCCUGUUAUGAUGUUUUUUUUAUUAUAUCUUGUGGAUUUGCCAUCAAUAUUUGGCUUUAAUUGUGUAUGAGUGUUUGACUCUUUACAUGCUCACCAAAAAAAAUAAAUGUGAUCUGAUCACUGCAA